GGAGGGGCCGGGGCCGGAGCGGCGGUCCGGCUGCGCGCCUUCCCCAUCGCCGCGGCCGGCGGGCCAGGAGGAUGCGCGGCGCCGGGCCCUGAAGCAUGGAGGGCGUCCUGUACAAGUGGACCAACUAUCUCACAGGUUGGCAGCCUCGUUGGUUUGUUUUAGAUAAUGGAAUAUUGUCCUACUAUGAUUCACAAGAUGAUGUUUGCAAAGGCAGCAAAGGAAGUAUAAAGAUGGCAGUUUGUGAAAUUAAAGAUCAAGAAUUAGAAUAUUACCCUCAUGCCAAAUGCUGGGAAAUUACUAAAUCCCCUCAGCUCCUAAUUCCUCUAAAAGUCCAUUCAGCAGACAACACAAGAAUGGAAUUAAUCAUUCCAGGAGAGCAGCAUUUCUACAUGAAGGCGGUCAAUGCAGCUGAAAGACAAAGGUGGCUGGUUGCUCUGGGGAGCUCCAAAGCCUGUUUGACUGACACAAGGACUAAAAAAGAAAAAGAAAUAAGUGAAACCAGCGAAUCUCUGAAAACCAAAAUGUCUGAACUUCGUCUCUACUGUGACCUUUUAAUGCAGCAAGUUCAUACGAUUCAAGAAUUUGUUCACCAUGACGAGAAUCAUUCAUCUCCAAGCAUAGAGAACAUGAACGAAGCCUCUUCCCUACUCAGUGCCACAUGUAAUACGUUCAUCACAACGCUUGAGGAAUGUGUGAAGAUAGCAAACGCCAAGUUUAAACCUGAGAUGUUUCAGCUGUCCCACCCGGAUCCCUUAGUUUCUCCUGUGUCACCUUCUCCUGUUCAAAUGAUGAAGCGUUCUAUCAGCCACCCUGGUCCUUGCAGUUCAGAAAGGAGUAGCCACUCUAUAAAAGAACCAGCGUCUACACUUCACCGGCUCUCUCAGCGACGACGAAGAACCUACUCAGAUACAGACUCUUGCAUUGAUCUCCCUCUCGAAGACCCAGAUAGGCCUGUUCACUGUUCAAGAAAUACACUUAAUGGAGAUUUGUCAUCAACAAUCAUUCCUGAAGAGAGCAGACUUAUGGCCAAAAAAAAAUCUGAAUUGGAAGAUCCUCUUUCAUCCUUUUCUUCCUGAGGAAACAGAAAUGUCCAACUUCCUCUAAGUAUUGCUAUGCAAAAGCUGCUGUAAUUAAACUAUGUCAUAGGGAGUAGUUUUUCCCUUAGGAUUUCUCUGCACUUUAUAGAAUAUUGUAAAACAAACAAAAAACCCACCUACCUUUGAAGUGUAUUUUAUCUUUACAUAGUUUAUUUGCAAGAGUAUUUUCCUAAUAACUUCACAGUAUGAAUGUGCAUCUUUUUCUUUUUAAACAAAUGAUGGUGUAACAUUUUGACAUCCAUAAGGACAAAUGUAGAUAUUUUUCUAAAAAACUGUGAGUGACUGACAGCUUAGUCAGUGUAUUGUAGCUUAUAAAUAUGAAAUCUUAUAAACAUAAGGUUUCAGUUGGACAGAAGUGUGACAUAUGUAACUUGUGCCAUGGACCAAAUGGUCAUUUUACCCCCUCUGAAAACGAGUUACCAUAGCAGCUUGAUGGUGAUCGUACUGUAUUCCUUUAAGCAAAAGGAAACAUUUAAUAUUCUUAAAUAUUUUUAGCCCAAAUACCAUGACAUUGAGGAUUUUUUUACAAACCAGACUGUGCUGUCCUUCAUAUGUGAAGUUGACACUACUGAUUUGUCAAUACCAAAUGUUGGGUUAAAGUAUUUAAUUUUUAUUUAUUUAUUUUUCUGUUGCAUCAAAAAUGACCUACCAAAUUUAAGAUGUGUAUACAUUGUUAUUUACACUGUUCUGGGAAAGAGGCUAAUGUUGUAGUGACCUUGCUCACUUCCACCAGAGAAAUAAAUGGCUUUCAAUGGAAGAGAUUUUAGUGCUUUUUUUCCUAAAAUAGAUGAUAAGCUGCUGUUUUACGGUAUUAAUGUUUGCAGCUCUUUAGAAUAUCUAGAGACAUUUUUUAAUUUAUGAAUAUUUAUACAAAAAAGGAAUUUUGUUAAGGCAACUGCUCUACAGCACUUGAGAAUGGCAUUAUUUAAUUAAAUUCAAAUAGCAUUUUUUGGUAGUUCCUGUUCAUAUCUAUUGUCAGUGUUUGCCUUGUAAACUGUUUUUCUAAAUUCACUUUGGAGUGAUGGUUUUGUCCAAGGUCUUGGCUGAGGAGCACUUUAAAACAAACUAGUUUGGUGUUUUUAAGUUAAUCAUGUGUUUAAUAAAUAUGUGGUUUUUGCAUUCAAAC